AUGUCCAGUCGAAUCUCGAAGCGUCCCUUGAAAUCCCGCGAUAUCCUUAAGUCCACAGCAAGCAAACUGAUCUCAGCUGUUUCUGCGGAAGGAUUUGAGGUUCCGGUUUCUACUGCGAACUCGCUAGUUCUUGCUGCUGCUAUUAAGGAGUUUGGUUUUGAGGUAAUGCCGUAUUCUCGCUGCAUCGCCCACGGGCGCGUGUGUAAGAUGCUGGAUAACGGUUCUAAGAAAUGUGGUUUUUGUACUGAUAAGGGUCGUCCUUGCGAUGGGACCGGUAUUCCUCUUCACUCGCUGACUCGAGUCAUCUCCGAGGCGAGGCGCCUUGGUGACAAGGAGUUGGAGUUGGAGGAGGAGUUCCUUAAGAAGCGGGCCGCCCUUCGGGCCGCUUAG